GAAUGGAUGACCUGGUCACAGCCCUCGAGAUGUACCACCCCGGCGACGGCUUCCAACUGCGUGUGCUGCGCCAGACUGCUGGCGAAGGGCUCGGCGCAGCGUUUUCCACAGGGAGCUAUUCGACCGUGGACCUACGAGUUGUACUGGGAACAUCGGACAGCGAUUAUACUUCCCGGUAA